AUGGGUUGUCGAGAUAUUCUGUUGACUUUCUCAGUGGCUCUCUUACUCAUCUCUCUCUUCCAGAUCUGGCUUUUCCGGGGAGGACCAGUCCCGCAACUGUCGGAAGACAAACAACUCGGAAAAGACGGAAAUACCCUCGUCUUCAAGAACAAGAAAGACAUUGAUGUUCAACGACUCGUCCAAAGGUAUUUCAAGGGAACAUCUUUUGCUCCAAACAACACAGACACUCGCUUUGCAGAUUCCAACAGAAAGAUCCCUAGCUCCCCAGAUCGCCUCCACAACUAG